CUGCUGAAUGGUUCUGAUCCAUUCCUUUCAUGCUGGAGCAGAGAUUCAGGAAUCAGAGUUUCUGGUUUGCAAACAGGAACUCUGUGUCUUCCUGCAGGAUGUUGGUCACACGGAGGGAGGAGGAGGAGCAGCAGGGAGGAAGAGGAGGCAGAUAAACAUCAGCCAGGAGCGCGAGAGGAGGAGGAGGAACUGGGAGGGCGCAGCGACCAGCAGCGGCUCCAGCGACCAGAACCAGUAGAAAAGGUAAGAACCAUGAAGAGCCGAUCACACGGCGAGAGGAGGAGGAAGAGGAGCGGGGAUGGGUGAGACCCAGUCCAGGUCAGAGAUGCUGCAGCAUCAGGACCAGCAUCAGAACCGGGCCUACAGAGGCCCGGACAGCUCCCCCCUCAGGAACAAAGACAGCAACUUCAACUUCCUGCCAGGCGCCAACGACGAAGUCCAGGCAGAAACCAGGAGAGGAGGCGAUGAGAACCGGAACCAGGUCCGACCCCGGAACCUGCCUCUGGGUCGCGACCCCCAGAGUUCGCCAACUUCCGGCUUCAACUCGAGCCUGAUGUCGCCUCGCUCCCGCAUGCCCUGCUGGAGCCCACUGGAGCCGCUCCCUGAAAUCGAGACCGGGGACGACGGGUACGGACGGGUCCCGCCGGACGGAGCGGAGGAGUGGCGGAUGGAGGAGGAGAGGAUGAUGAUGCUAGAUGAGAAGAAGGAGCGCCAGAGAAAGGAGGAAAACCCGGAUGACGAAUGGGGAGACAGCGACUCGGAGUCGGAGUCCAGCUGGCGCUCCGGCGGCAGCGUCUCCUCCCUGAAUGUGGAGAGCGGAGGCGAGGCGGGGCGCCUGGGCGGCCCGGACCGGAUCGGCGUUGGAGAGCCCAGAUCAGGCAAGCCUGGAGCCGGGCCGACCAGAGCCGGAGAUGCGAGACAGAGGAGCUUCAGCGACAAGCCGCCGGCCGGGAGCGACCUGGAGAACCUGGCGGGGGACCAAAACCACAGCGACGACCAAUCCUCAGACUCGGACGGCGAGCCGCCGGAGCUGAUGGACGCCGUGUGGACGCUGCGGGACCGCGAGCGCUUCAAGGCGCAGGAGAUGGAGAAGCACCAGGUGCAGCUGACCAUGUACCGCCGGCUGGCGCUGAUCCGCUGGGUGCGCACGCUGCAGGGCCGCGUCCAGGAGCAGCAGAACCGCCUGCAGUCCAGCUUCGACGUCAUCCUGACCCACAGGAAGGAGCUGCUGCGGAUGGGAGCCGCCGCCGCUUUCGCCCAAUCAUAGGAGGAAUACAGUGUGAUGUCACAGCGCCUGUCUCAUUGUGUUUGUGAUUUUAAACAGUCAAACUCGUUUUUCUGUGUCUGUAAAUGUGUGUGACUCUCUGCUGAACCCCAGAGCUCUACAUCAGUGUGACGCCGCCAUGACGCCCCGCCAUGACGCCGCCAUGACGACCCGCCAUGCUGGCCAGAUGUUACUAUGAUGUUACUAUGAUGUUACUAUGAUGUUACUAUGACGAUACUACCAUAACAUUGUGAUUAUACUAUGAUGAAACCAUGACAACCAGUGUUGAUACCAUGGCAACAGAGGCAGAUGAACUCUGAACCUUCUGUCUUUAUUCCUGAACAUUUUGUGUUUCUAUCUGAUUUAUCAUCCCAGAUUAAAGAAGUUAUGUGAA